AUGUCUACAGGGGCUAAGUUAAUUGCUGUAAGGAAUGAUUUGGCAAAGCUGCAACUCACCUCUCCAAUUUAUUCAUUCAUAUUAUUAAUCGAAUUGAGAGAUUUGCAGUUUCAGUCCUCUGAUAAAUUGGUGCAGUCUGUCAAGAUUUUGAGUCGAUCGAAGGAUUUGAUGGAGCAAGACCUGAGUAAACUGGAUGUAACACAGUUACAUCCACUCUCGCCUGAAGUUAUAUCUCGCCAGGCAACUAUCAAUAUUAGUACUAUAGGUCAUGUGGCUCAUGGAAAGUCAACAAUUGUAAAAGCAGUAUCUGGUGUUCAGACUGUUCGUUUUAAAAAUGAGCUGGAAUGCAACAUUACUAUGAAGCUUGGAUUUGCCAAUGCAAAAAUAUACAAGUGUGAAGAGGAUCGGUGCCCGCGACCUAUGAGCUACGCAAGUUUAAUGGCAUAUGGAAGUGGAAUGGAAGACAAUCCUCUCUGUGAUGUUCCUGGAUUUGAGAACUGCAAGAUGAAACUGUUGAGACACGUAUCUUUCGUAGAUUGUCCGAUAAUUUUUAAGUUUUUCAAGACUUGUGGUCACGAUAUUCUUAUGGCUACUAUGCUUAAUGGUGCUGCCAUUAUGGAUGGAGCAUUACUUCUCAUAGCUGCUAAUGAAAGUUGUCCUCAACCACAAACUGCUGAGCAUCUGGCUGCUCUUGAAAUUAUGUAG